AUGUUUCCAAUGACUUCGUCGUUGUAUCGGAGGAUUUGUUUUGCAAGGAUGCGUAUUGCAUUCUUGUUGUUCUGUAUACUAGUGGCUCUAAUAUGCUGCGUGUUUGUGAUACCCGUACGGAAUGUGGUGUUUUCUUCGGCUAUUGAAUACGCUUGGAAAGAAAUACCAACGUCCAACUUGCUUCAGAUACACUAUUCUAAAGAAAUAAUUCCUGAUGGAGUUUAUCAGAUUGUGGCUUGCUACGAGCACCAGUCACCCAGAGUUUCUAAAAGUGAUGUAAAUACUUCUAGGAUUUUACCAUGUUCGCAUACAGAGAAUGCAAGCUUGACUUGGGAGAUAUUGCAAAGACAGCACGGCAGAUUUUUGCCGUUUCUAAACAUGGAACAGAAAAUCCAAAUGUUGUGCUUAUACUCUGUGCUCAGCGAGGUGUUAUCGGAUGUGAAUGUGGAGCACUUCUUAGUCGGUGGUUCUUUGUUAGGGAUAAUGCGCCACCGCGGUAUGAUCCCCUGGGAUGAUGAUCUUGAUAUAGCCGUGAGCUUCCAACAUUUGGAUAUCAUCAAGCAGACGCUAUCGUGUGUCCAAGGCUUCGAGUUGACAAUACGGCCACAUCUUCAUUGGAAGUUUCAUUAUUCUGGGUCCGAUUAUCCGUUUGUUGACAUAUUCUUCUACCAAAUGGAUGAGAGCUACGUAUGGUCAUUAACGUACUAUAUUCGCAACACUUUCAUAUACCCAAGGACGGACGUCUUUCCAUUACGCACAGGUAUCUUUGAGGGACUACGAGUACCGAUUCCUGGUAACGCUUUGGCGAUUGCUAAAAGGAUUUACGAAUAUGAUAAAUGUACUGCUUACCCUAACCAUGUAGAACUGAGGGACCCGACUUUGCUCAGAGAGCAUCCUUGUGGCUUUGUUGUUACAAGUUUAGAUUGCCGGGAGCUCUCUUAUAUCUACAGGAUGUAUCAUUUACAUGAAUCCCCGUGA